AAGAAGAAGAAGAAAGAAACGGCGGCAGCGGAAGAAGCGCUUUGAUUGGAGGGAGGACUUGAUCAACAAAGAAAGAUGGCUGAAGUGAUCGAGCUGCACAAACUCAAGCUUGCUGAGCUGAGGCAAGAGUGCGACGCGCGAGGUCUGGAGACCAAAGGCAACAAAGGCGACCUGGUUGCGCGCCUACAGGCCUACCUCGAUGAACACGCCACAGAUGAAGAUGUGGACGUGGACGACGUGCUGGCGGACGAUACCGCGGACUUCCCCAAAGGCGAGAUUGUGGACAAUGGCAAAGACGUCAAAGAAUCGCAAUCACCCGUGGCCCAGCUGUCCGCCGAGAAGAAGAUCGUGAAGAUAUGUCCUCCGGCGACAGGCGGUGAACAGCUCCAGAAACGCGCCGAGCGUUUCAAUCUGCCCGCAUCGGCCGAAGACAAGAAGGCCCGCCGUGCUGCCAGGUUUGGUUUAGCGAUCAGCGCUUCAGAUGCAUCCACAGGCGCCGCCUUGACCAGAAACGUGCCGGUCAACGUGGACCAGCUGAAGAAGAGGGCGGAGAGAUUUGGCAUGAACGUCUCGUCGCUCUCGCAAAAGCUGGAAGCAGACGAGAAGCUGAUGAAGAGGAAGGAAAGGUUCGGCAUCCUCACAGGCGGCGGAGCGGCCGGCUCAGCGGACGUCGAGGCAAAGAAACUGAAGCGUGCCGCUCGAUUUGGAAUAGUAUAGUGGGUGUUUUUGGGUUUGUUUGUUUUUUUUUUUUUUACAUUUUCAAUCACCAUGUUUCUAA